AUGCAUAGGCGUAUUUCGACUGUUGAUAAUCCAUUUCGCGAGGAGAAUAUCAGAUGUUCUACGGAACAAAAUAUGAUAUAUUUAUCAAAGAAAGAAUUAAGAAAAUUUUCAAAUCCUCAUAGGCGAUCGGAAGGAGGAUAUCCUCAGCUUGACGGUGUGAAAAGGAAUAAUUCAAACUCAAGUAGAUUCGAUGAAGAUAUAAAGCCGGUUGGCAGCCGUGUACGCUGCUAUUCAGACGACGAAUACACUCUCACACCUGUCGAUUCACAAACUAAGCGAAGAUUCAGUUUUUCACAAAUGCUGCUACGCAAAGCUUCGAGUAUUUCCAGAAGAUUUCGAUAUUAUAUGGUGCACAGUGUCGCAUUGUUCCACGAAGACUUGUAUGGUUUAUCAUGGUCUGAAGCACAUGAUAUAUUACAGUCAUCAUAUAACACUUCUGGUGAACACGGUGAACUCUACAAUCAUGCGAACUUGAUAAAGCCUAGAAAUAAGCGUCAUUUCAGCACAUCCGCCAUACCAAAUUACUAUACUCCUACCAACAGUGUACGAUCACAUUCACGACUUUAUCACUUAGACAAGCCACAUUAUAUUCAGUGUAAGAAUGCCGAGGGACAUAGUAUUGAAGAGGAAUUAGUGGCUCACAGUAUUAACUCACUGACCAAAAGUCACAGUAAACAACAAAAUAUCAAUAAUAAGACAAGUGUAUCUGAAUCUUUGAAGCAGUCAUUUAAUGAUGUGAAACUCAAUGACACAUGUAAACCACCUGUUGAUGAGUUGAAUCCAUUAGUAAAUGAAUCAGUGCAUCUUUCGAAUAUGACGUCUUUAACAGUAAAUGUUGACCUGCCAGUUGAUGAAUCAAUUAAAAACAUGAUUAACGGUACAUCGAGUGGUACAGAAAACAACGAAGAACUUCAAGGGAAACUGGAUAAAAAACAAACGAUCUUAAACUCUCAUAAUAACAAAUAUUCAAACUUGCAGGAGUUAAAUAUUCUAAACUUUGACAGAAUCACUCUCCAUAACACUGAAGAAGACAAUCAAGUACAACGAAAAAAGUGCAGCCAACACUUAGGACAUAUUAAAGGUUGGUUUGUCAAUUUUACAGAACGUCGAAAUAAGAUAUCAAGGGAGUCAAAAGGUUCUGUAGAUGAAGGAUUCGAAGGAAGAAGAUUUGAAAAGCCCUUGUCAGUUGGAAUUAGCAGUCAUUGA